CGGGAAGCAAGCCGGGAGCCCAGCCGCAGAGAGGCCGCCAUGGGUGGGCAGAGCCCGGCGCUGCCUCUGUUGCUGCUGCUGGUGCCCGCGGUGCUGGGGAAGCCUGGUGAGCUAAGGAGACUCGUCCCCCGGACUGGGGUUGAUGGGGAGUACGGGAGCUCGGAGGUCCACGGCAGCUCACCUUCUCGCCUCCACCCAGGACCGCGUGAAGAAAGCCAGGCGCCAGGCCUCAAGAACGCCACAGACAUCAAGCUCCUCACAAGUGACUGAUGGGCCCCGUGGCGGGCUGGGUGUCUGCGGACCACGUGGGAAGGGUUCCUGGGGCAUCUCCUGGCUCUUCAGGAUACCGGAGGAAGGGGCGCACGGUUGCACCUUCUCCCCAGCCCCUCCCACACACUUGCAUCCUGGGGACGCUGCGGGCCAGCCUCAGCUGCUCAGCCAAGUGUCUCAUUUGUCUGUCCCAGUACCGUGUGGUCACCGGAAUGACAUUCAGUCGCUGAUAGUGGGCGGGAUCGAAUCCGUGCCAGGGCGCUGGCCAUGGCAGGCCAGCCUGCGCCUGAAGAAGUCCCACCACUGCGGAGGGAGCCUUCUCAGCCACCAGUGGGUGCUCACUGCCGCACACUGCUUCAGGAAGUUCCUUGAUCCAGCAGAGUGGACAGUCCAGCUUGGGCAGCUUACUUCCAAGCCAUCUCUCUGGAACAAGAAUGCCUAUUCUAGCCGGUACAGGGUAAAGGACAUCAUUGUAAACUCCAAAGGCACAAAGAAGUUGCACGACCUCGCCCUGCUGAGGCUGGCCUCCUCAGUCACCUACAGCAAGUACAUCCAGCCCGUCUGUGUGCGGCCCUCCACCUUCACGUUCCAGCACCAGCCCAGCUGCUGGGUGACCGGCUGGGGAGUCCUUCAGGAGAAUAUGAAACCUCUGCCACCACCCUACCUCCUCCGAGAAGUACAGGUCACCGUCCUAAACAACAGCAGGUGCCAUGAACUGUACAAGCUGUCUUCUCUCCCCUUCAUCAGAAAUGAUGUGAUCUGCGCUGGCGCUGAGGACGGGAGUGCGGACACCUGCAGCGGUGACUCAGGAGGACCCUUGGUCUGCGACAUGGAUGGUCUCUGGUAUCAGAUCGGAAUCGUGAGCUGGGGAAUAGGCUGUGGGCGGCCCAACCUGCCUGGGAUCUACACCAACGUGAGUCGGUACUACAACUGGAUUGAGACCACGAUGACCCUCAAUGGUGCUGUCAGCUGUGGUCUGGCCCUGCCACUGCUGUGCCUUCCUUACUCUGCUAUGGGCUCCCUGGCUUCCAAGGUCGGCCUGAGCCCAUGAAGCUGCAGCUUUGGGCCCAAAGCACCACCGCCCUGCCCCACAGCCCCAGGAUGUUCAGUGUAGGGUAGGCUGUUGUUGUCUUGUCGCCUUUGCCAAUAAACUUGUGCAUAUCUGAGUUGGCACUUUUCAGAA